ACCUUUUCCCACAAUUUGUCACCAUGUUGUUCACGAAGAAGCGCUCCUUCAACGGGUCAAUGUCGUUCAACGCCAAAGUGUUACGCUUCCUGGGUUACGGCUGGAAUGAUCCCGCGAAGAACAUUCUCGAAAGGAGACUGUUUAUUCAAAUUGCGUUCUACUUCCUUUGGCUUGAUCCACCGGCACUUGCCUACGGCUGCCGCCACCAGCAAGAUCAGCUGAAGCUGGUCCUCAAGGGGUUUUUCGAGGUGAUGGCCGUAACCGGAAUUACGGUUCGCAUGUGUCUUUUCGCCCGAGGCAGCUCGAUUCUGCGCCAGGUCUUCGACGAUGUCCAGCGGACGUUGGCGAUUGUGUCGGAGGACUGCAGCGGCGAGGUGAGGAAUAUUUUGGACCACUUGGAGAUGUCUGCGGACAAGUUCGCGAAAGGAUACACGGUGGGGUUCACACUGCAGUGUCUGCUGUACGGACCGGUGCAGAUUGUUCUGGCAACUGGGAAGUAUUUUCGAAACGGAGAAAUGCCCACCAUUGCCGUUGUACAAGCAGAUUUUGUACUGUUUGAUCACUGCACCAAUUUCAUUACUUGGUUACCCGUAAUGUUUGUAUCGGUUGUUCUCGUCAACAUCGGAGUUCUCCACACAACAACUACAGAAACUUUCUAUUGGAAUCUUAUUCAUCACGUUUCGUGCUUGUUUAAAAUUGUCAAACAACAAAUAUCGGAACUGGAUGGAAUCGAAAACAAGCAUAAAUUUCAAGAGAAACUGUCGUUUAUUGUAGAAAUACACGAAGUUGCGUUUAGAAGCUGCCGACGUUUGGAAACGGCCCUCUUCGCCUUGUUGGGCUAUUUGUACACCUCAUGUAUUGUGCAGAUCUGCUACUUGAUGUUUAUUUUUUCCAUAAUUCGAGACGAUCUCUCAGUGCUCUCGAUGAUGAGCGUUGCGGUGCAGUACAAUAUAUUUUUGAUCUUUGCAUUCUCCAUGCUCGGAACGGAACUCAUCGAAGCGAGUUUGUCGGUAGCCGAUGAAGUUUACAACGUUCGCUGGUAUGAAAGAUCCCCGGAAGAGAGACGACUCCUGUUGAGCAUCCAGAGGCGAUCGCAAAUUGAAGCGUCGAUGACGGCCGGGAAGUUUUUCUGCGUAAACCGGGCCACCUUUGCAAUGGCAAUGAAAACAGCGUUUUCAUAUUUUACAGUUAUUCAUCAAUUUUAUGAACAACAAUGAGUUCAAAAAAAUAUUGAUUAUACGCCUAACAAUAAUUGGAAAAAAAUAUUGCUAAUACAGAAAAUACGCAACUCGAUCGUUUGUUAAAGUACAGUUCACGAAUAACAUUUAUUUUCAAAUAACAUGAAUAAAUUGUCAUGAAAUAAAAAUAAAAACUUAAAAAU